CGACACGGGACGUGAUCCCCGCGACAUUCGCGGCGGUCGUGUGUCGCUGAACCACCGGGCGUUCGUGCCUCGGUAAUCGGUUCUGCGAACAGGGGGGGACCGCGUUGGACGCCGGCCUCGCACGAGAGAGGUAAAGGUUGCCGGCAGAGAACGAUCCGUAAACGCUCGAGACUGUUCUAGGGUCGGAGCACAAAGCGACGUAACAGCUUAUUACGACAGAGACGCGGGCGUAAACGUAAAUGGCGCGCAAGCUUUCGCGUGAAUGUUAACGUCAUAUGUGAUUGGAGCCAAGUACGACAUACGCCGAAGCUCUUGUACGCUAAUCUAUUAGUGCUGGUCUACAACCUUGCUUUGCGUGAGCUGCAAGCCUUGAGCCCCAAACCGCCGGCACGUGCACAAACACCAGGUCGACCAGGGCGUGUAAACGGCCCGCUGCUGCCGGCGACCACGUAUCGCUCACGCACACGCAUAGACUGGCCACGUGCGCGCCACAAGAUGGCCGGGAAUUGGUCGAGUUUGAAUCGGCGCGGUUUUCAAUUGGUCGAGAACCUGCUGCGUACCCGGAGCAGGCAUAUAAAGGAUCUCGCCGAUCAAGGACGCGUCGCAGAUGCCUACAGUCUUCGGCUUAGCCGAAGCUAUCGUCUCUCGACCACGGGUUGCGUACCAGAACGAAGCAUGGCGGCGAUACUCCGUGAGAAUGUUUGGGACAGCGAUCCCGAGCUCUUCGACCUGAUAAAGAAGGAGAAGGAACGGCAGAGCUCCGGGCUGGAGCUGAUCGCGAGUGAAAACUUCACGUCUCUCAGUGUACUUCAGUGCCUGGGCUCGUGUUUGCACAACAAGUACAGCGAAGGGUUGCCCGGGCAAAGGUACUACGGUGGAAAUGAAUUCAUCGACGAGAUUGAAUUGCUGGCGCAGAGGCGCGCACUGGAGGCCUUCAAUCUGAAUCCCGAGGAAUGGGGCUGCAACGUGCAACCCUAUUCGGGAAGUCCGGCGAAUUUCGCGGUGUACACGGGCCUGCUGAAGCCUCACGAACGCAUAAUGGGUCUGGAUCUACCGGACGGCGGACAUCUCACUCACGGCUUCUUCACGGCGUCCAAGAAGAUCUCCGCCACGUCCAUCUUCUUCGAGUCGAUGCCGUACAAGGUUGACCCCGUCAGCGGCCUCAUCGACUACGACCAACUCGCGAGACACGCGAAAUUGUUUAAACCGAGAGUUAUCAUCGCCGGAGUCUCCUGCUACAGCAGGUGCCUCAACUACAAGCGUUUUCGCGAAAUCGCCGACAACAACAACGCCUAUCUCUUCAGCGACAUGGCUCACGUUUCCGGGCUGGUCGCUGCCGGCUUGAUACCCAGUCCUUUCGAAUACAGUGACGUUGUCUCGACGACUACGCAUAAAACUUUACGAGGUCCGCGCGCUGGUGUUAUUUUCUUCCGGAAGGGCGUCCGGAGCGUCACGGCGGACGGCACGAAGGUCAUGUACGACAUCGAGAACGGAAUAAAUCAAGCGGUCUUUCCGGGUCUUCAAGGCGGACCUCAUAAUCACGCUAUCGCCGCUAUAGCUACCACUAUGAAACAGGUGAAGACACCGGAAUUCGUCCAGUAUCAGAAGCAAAUCGUGGCUAACGCGAAGAGAUUGUGCGCUGGUUUGCAAGAGCACGGCUACAGCAUCAGUACCAACGGCACGGACGUCCAUAUGCUGUUGGUAGAUCUACGAUCUGUGGGUUUAACCGGCUCGAAGGCAGAGAAGGUCUUGGAAGACAUUGCUAUCGCUUGUAAUAAGAACACUGUACCCGGUGACAAAAGUGCACUGAAUCCUAGUGGUAUCCGUUUAGGAACGCCCGCGCUCACCACACGUGGCUUUGUCGAGAAAGACAUCGAUAAAGUUGCGGACUUCAUAGACAAAGGACUGAAACUUUCUAAGGAGGUGAGUGCUAUUUCCGGACCGAAGCUGGUUGACUUCAAGAGAGUAUUAAGUACCGAUAAGACUAUUAUAGCAAAGGUAGCAGCUUUGAAGAAAGAAGUGGAAACUUUCUCGAGGCAAUUUUCGCUUCCUGGUUACGAAACAUAUUAAGCACGAAGCAUACUUGGUUCAAUUUGUAAAUUUAAAUAUUUCAACUCAAAUUUUCACUUUGCCGUUAAUUAUAGGUUUCUUAAAGUAUUGUUAUAUUUUUCUACGAAAAUAUUUGUACUAUUUAUGUAUCUUCAAAUGCAUGCAAAAUUCAACAACGCGGCACAUUCAGAAUCAUUUCUAUUAUGAAUAGAGGAGUUGCCUUAAUGCUAUGUAAUUUUUUUUUCUAAUGGAACAAUAAAUUCGUUAUAUAGCAGGCAAAAAAUAAUUGUAUCGUAAAAUUUCUCCCAAAAUUCUUUUAAGACGAUUGUAAUAAUCAGAUGUAUUUUCUGACUUGCUAAUUAUAAACUGUUAUUUAUUUAGCGA